ACCACUUCUUAUGCAGAUUGUUUGUGUGGUGGGUUUUAGCAAAUUCGGCCCAUUGUUCACAAAGAUUGCGUUCACUGUAGCAGUUCAUUCAUUCAUAGUUGUUCACAUUACAUGUAAUUAUGUGUGGACUUUAAGCAGCAAAUGAACCUCGUAAGUUAUAAUUCUAUCCUUUUGACGCAUUUACGUUCAUUCUAACUCUUCCCUCGUUUUGAAGAAGAAAGUCCAUGGGUGUGGGUUGACAAUUGUCCAUGUUCAACUUGAACGCGUUGAAUGACAGAUGAUUAACAAAUCACAGAAAAGCCUAACCUUAUCCCAGGCGAAAAAUCAAACAUACCUUCAACAACCACUCGGAGUGAUAUGCUCUUACAAUUUACUUCGACGUUCCCGGAAACUCAAUCAGGAAAAUUGAAGCCUCCCCACAACUUUCCCAAUAAACACUAACAUUUUUCUUGACAUUCUCAAAGGAAACAAAAUGGAGAAUUCAACUCAAGAAUCCCACCUGAGAUCUGACAAUUCCAUAAGCUACGAAUCACCCUACCCACUUUACGCCAUGGCCUUAUCUUCCAUGCCCUCCCGCAUGAAUCUCAACCACCAACGCAUCGCUCUUGGUAGUUUCAUCGAAGACUACCCUAACAGAGUCGACAUAAUCUCCUUCGACCCAGAAACCCUUUCCAUCAAAACUCACCCAACUCUUUCGUUCGACCACCCUUACCCACCCACAAAACUCAUGUUUCGGCCCAAUGGAAAAUCCCCUUCCUCUUCCUCGUCGGAUCUUCUCGCUUCAUCCGGCGACUACCUCCGUCUCUGGGAAGUUCGAGAAACUUCAAUUGAACCUUUCUCCGUUUUCAACAACAGUAAAACCAGCGAGUUUUGCGCCCCGUUAACUUCAUUCGAUUGGAACGAUGUUGAACCCAAGAGAAUUGGGACCUCCAGCAUCGACACUACAUGUACUAUUUGGGACAUUGAAAAGGGCGUCGUCGAAACCCAAUUGAUCGCUCACGAUAAAGAGGUUUACGACAUUGCUUGGGGUGAAGCUAAAGUUUUUGCUUCCGUUUCCGCUGAUGGAUCCGUUAGGAUUUUCGAUUUAAGAGACAAAGAGCAUUCCACGAUUAUUUAUGAAAGUCCUCAACCCGAUACCCCUUUGUUAAGAUUAGCUUGGAACAAGCAAGAUUUGAGGUAUAUGGCUACGAUUCUUAUGGAUAGCAAUAAAGUUGUGAUUUUGGAUAUAAGGUCACCCACAAUGCCGGUAGCUGAGUUGGAGAGGCAUCGAGCAAGUGUCAAUGCAAUUGCCUGGGCUCCUCUGAGUUGUAAGCAUAUUUGUUCUGCUGGGGAUGAUACUCAGGCGCUUAUUUGGGAGUUACCUACGGUGGCUGGACCUAAUGGGAUCGAUCCUUUGUCUAUGUACUCGGCCGGGUCCGAAAUUAAUCAGUUGCAGUGGUCUGCUGCUCAACCUGACUGGAUUGCAAUUGCUUUUUCUAACAAAAUGCAGCUUCUUAAAGUUUGAGGUUCUAAAUUGUAUUUUCCUGCUCAAAAUAUGUUAGUCUCAUUUUUGUUGCAUAGAAUGCUUAAGCUUUUAUUGCUCCAUUAGUUAAAAGUGUAGAAUCAGUUUUGUUGAAGCCUGUUAAUUCUGUUAGUACUAUGAAGUCUAUGGUGAAAUUCCUUUAAAUAAUUAAGUUAAUUUCCAGAGACUAAACAAUGCCUCUAAAAAAUGUUUAAGUUGAUGUUUAAGUUUGGCUUGUUUGAUGCUUGGCCUUGAUAUGCCUUUUUUAGUACAGGUGAACAAAAGUUAAUAUUAUUUUCGUGGGAUGAAGUUUUGGAAUAGAAUUUCACCAAGCCUUUUAGUGACCAGAUUAAUGAUGAACUUCUUGUUAAAGAAUUUAAGUUAACAUGAGAUUUUCUAACCAAGAAAAGAAUUGAGGAAGAGAGUAAGUCUGAAUAACCUUUACUUUGUUUUGGUUUCCACUUUCCAUCUGGUUCAAACUUAUGGUUUCUGAAUUUAUUAUGUAUGUAAACUAAUUUUAUCUGGGUUUCCUCUUUCCAUCUCGUUCAAACUUAUGGCUUCUGAAUAGUUAUGCAAACAAAUUUUAUCCGGUUUAAAAGGCAGUUCAUAUCACUUGCCCUGGUUUUACACGUGUGUAUGUAUGCGCACACAUGCCUGUUCAUCACAUGAUAGCCGGUAACUAGGCCAACUUUCAUCUAACAUAUAUUUUCAGGGUGAAGUAACAGUUUCCUUAAUCUAGAUCAAAAAGGAAAAGUUUCAGUCUUCUAGGUACCUUGUUGACUAAAGCAGAAAGCUUUCAUCUGGAAAAUUGAUAAAACCAUGGAGGUGGCACAUGUUUCUAAAUCAAUGAUGUGGUAAAAUCUUUUCCAUUCGUGGGCCUAGACUUAGUAAAGCCAAUUAUUUGCUGGAAAAUUGUUAAAUCUCAUUAUGUGCUACUAUGCUGGAGUAUUAGUAGAUUAUGAGAGGCAGACUCCAAAGAUCGAGUUGCCCAAUAUGUUGCAAGCUAUGUUGCUUUUACUUUGUUUAUGUAUUUGAAGAAUUUAAGGUUAUUAUAAAUUACACGUAGCAGAUUUUACUGAAAAGAAUUACUUUAUAGAGCUUUUUUUUUUUUUAAAUAGUACUUUAUAGAGCUUGUUAUUUCUGUCAAAAGACCAAAAAAAUUUACUUAUGGGGUGAGAAUGUUGUACAUAAUAAAUAUAAUUAGACAUUUCAUUUACUGUAUCAGUGUGACUUGCUCAGAUCCCUUACAGCACAAUGAAGACAUGUAAGCUAAUAAAAAUAUUUUUGCAUUUUAGUAUUUUACACUUUUUUGGACAGUGAAUCUGAUUCAAUGGGAAUUGCCCAUCAAACCCUCAUGAGGGUGGUUUAGUAUUUGAUCGAGGAAUUAUUGAGAUUCCUUCUUUAGGCAUUUAGCUUCUUAAUCAUUGAUAGUAAGUUAUAUUUUCUGAUUGGUUGUCUACAGAUAAUUCUUUCCUUGUAUACCUUCAUGAAAGCCAACUCCAUUGAAGUAUCAUCCACUCCUGCCAUAGAACCUAUAUACUCCAAUGGAACGCUUUAGUGGUUGAGUUCCCAUCAGCGGCUGAAAGAACAAGUGCUAUUUUUGUAGUAUUUGUUGUAGUAGGAGUACCACCUCCUGUUUGGUGAAAUAUUCAUAACUUGAGGGCUCAAUAUUGAAUGAUCACUGCAACAGGUGUGCAGGGAGCCUCUACGUGUUUAGAACUGUGGCUAAUUUUUAAAUCUGGUUUUAAAAAUCCUGUGGAACGUGUUUUGGGAAAAUGUGAAAAUUGUAAUUUCUUUCUAAUGGUGUAAGAGAGGGGAAAGUCUUGUCAUGACGGCAAUGCACGAUGUGCAAUCGUAGCUCCAAAGAGGGAACUGAUCCAUAAUUUAAACCAUAAUUUUUUAUCUGAAAUAUUAUGGCUUGAAAUUAAGCCUUUCUUAUACGAUUUCAUCACGUAGGUUAAGCUUGAGCAUCUGUAUCUGGAUACCUCCUUAUUUGCAGUCAAUGCUUUAAAGGAGGAAAUUUGUUGCUUCUAUAUUUAAAUUAUUUCUUCGUUUCUGCAACAAAUUAACCAAAAUGAGUCGUGAUAAGGCGGAAAAGAAAUCUGAAUUAUGAUUUGAUAAUCGUUUUCCUGUAUUCUUUCUUUCACGGACUUCUACAUAAGCAGUUGAUUAGUCUCCAGGGCAACACCUAAUUGCAUGCCGAGCCUGAAUGACUUUUAAGAGUUUGGUUCAAGGCAAUGGUGACAGAGAUCGUCUACCAAAUCAACUACUCUUAUGAAAAAGUCUCCAGGAAAGUCUUGGCCCCUAGAAAAAUUUUUCUUUCUCUAACAAAAGUACAAAAUCACCUGCCUGCCAACUUCACGGCUGCAUUUGACAAAUAGUAUCCCCUAGAUAGAUGGAGUUAGUAGCCCUGAGCUACUAGCUACUGACUUGAUCUCGUGUAUUCAUCGAGCAGAGUUAUCAAAAGCUUUUCAAUUUUUUUUGUUUUGUCAUUAUUUUCAACUAGUUUCUUUAACAGAUAAGAUAUCCUGAAUUCUUUAUAUGGCCUUAAUUAAAUUGAUUGUCGGCUAUUGGCCGAAAAAAUGAUUGUCGGCUGACUAAUUCAAAUAUUAAUGCAACGAGGUUCCCUACAAAGGACGCAAAGGAUUUCGUGCUACUGCAGCCAAUUUCCAGACAAAGCACAUCGAUCCAGGACCUUCUGAGGUUCUGCUUCGUUUGUCUACUCCACUUGCUCGUAAAUAAAUUAACCAAUCAUAACAUUAGUCGUGUUUUGAACUUUUAACUUGAUUUUUUUUAAUCUUUUA